UUGCCAGUAGUCCAGUGCUCUAGAAACAGUCAUGACCCACGUCGUUCUUAUAGGACUUCUUGCAAUUAUAACAAUCGCUUUCAGCGAUGGUGCAACUUCUUGUAACAAGCGAAGCUUUGGCGAAACGAGUUUUGUUUGCGCAUGCUCAACACAAAGUUGCGAUACAUUAGAUCCUGUUCAACCAUCAACAAGUGGUACCUACCAAAUAUACACCUCAAAUAUAGAUACCGAUAGAUUUACUCUUUCAAAUGGAUCCUUUUUACCUGGACGAAAAUCAAGCUGUAGGAAAUUCUUGAAUUUAUUUACAAACCCUACUACUACAAUAACAAUCGAUAGAGAUGCAACCCAGCAAGAAAUUUUGGGUUUUGGCGGCGCAUUCACAGAUGCGACUGGAAUUAACAUACAGAAAUUAACUGAAGAUGUGCAAAUUAAACUGCUCGAAUCGUAUUUUAGUCCAGAUGGUAUCGAAUAUAAUUUUGGUCGCGUACCAAUGGGUGGUACUGAUUUUUCAACGGAAGGAUACAGUUAUGAUGAUACAGACUCACCAGAUCCUCAACUUUCGCAGUUUGAAUUACAACAAGAAGAUUUCGAUUACAAGAUUCCUUACAUCAAACAAGCUUUGGAAAUAAAUCCGGACUUGGAAUUGCUUGCGUCAACUUGGACGGCUCCAAAAUGGAUGAAAACAAAUGGUGCAUAUAAUGGAGGUGCUAUCAAAAAUGAGUAUUACCAAGUUUGGGCUGAUUAUUUUCUGAAAUUUUUUGAGAAGUAUGAUGAGGAAGGUAUUUCUUUCUGGGGUGUGACAACUGGUAAUGAACCAAGUUUAGCACUUGUCAAUAGUGCAAUUAAUAGUGUACGAUGGUUGCCUGGUGGAAUGAAGUGGGCGGGUGAAAACCUUGGACCUACAAUCCGUGCAUCAAAAUAUAAGGAUUUAAAAAUUCUGAUGUUGGACGAUCAACGUUUCUUCUUACCAUGGUUUCCUGAAGCGGUGAUGAAAAACGGAACCGAAAAGUUUAUUGAUGGUAUUUCGGUCCAUUGGUAUUGGGAUACUAUUGUACCAGCAUCAGUGUUGACUUCAACACAUAAGCGUUUUCCUGAUAAAAUUUUGUUAGCUACUGAAGCUUGUAGAGGUGACAAAGCUUGGGAGAAAGCAGUACUUUUGGGUGAUUGGUCCAGAGCUGAGGACUACGUACAUGGAAUAAUACAAGAUAUGAAUCAUUACGUUCAGGGAUGGAUUGAUUGGAACUUAGUGUUGGAUACUACUGGAGGACCCACUUACAUAAAUAACCAAGUUGAUGCUGCCAUCAUAGUCGAUUAUGAGACUAAUGAAUUUUAUAAACAACCUAUGUUCUAUGCGCAAGGACAUUUUUCUAAAUUUAUUCCAAGGGGAUCUCAUAAAAUUGACCAAAAAACUUCAAACAACGGUGUAGAAGUUGCAGCAUUUAAAAGACCAGAUGGUGGCGUUGUUGUAGUAGUGAUGAACAAAAAUGAUUCACCAAAGACUAUUAUAGUUAAUGAUUCGAAAAGUGGCCAUAUUGAGCUAAAAUUAACUUCUAAAUCAAUUAAUACUAUUUUGUAUUGGUAAUUGUACAGAUAGUUUAAAUAAUGUGGAAGUUGUGUUGCCUUAAAACAACGUCCAUUUGAAAUUUGGAAUUUUAUUGUCUUGUGACGAUUAAAUAAACUGAUUCAGUCAA